ACUGGGGAGAUACCACUCUUAAGAGGGGAGGGGAGUGGAUUGACAAUGUGUUUCAAAACAAGUGAUGACUGAUUCACAGCCAACAGUCAAAACAGGUAAAGCAGACUUUCUUCAUCAUCCAGGCAGAAAAGGAACACCUUUACCAUUACCUACCUUCUGUCUACACCUGAGCAGCAGACAUUCAUACCUGAUGAGCCACCUGUGGAGCCACACACUCUAAUCUUCUCAACAUUAAGAACAAACAAGAUGGAGAAAGAACCGCCACAGGAUGACGAGCAGCUCAAUGACAUCCCCGAAAAUCUGGACUGGCUUCUGAGCACAGACGCCGAGAUCAUUCCUAUGGACACCAACAUUCAAAUGAAUAGUGACACCACUGACAGUGUUGGCACGUCAGCAUUCACCAGGGAGCGGCUCUUUAAAGCAGCAUCCCAGGGAGACACAACUAAGCUCGAUGGUCUGCUCAACUACCUGUUGGUUAAUAAUGAAAAACGACUUACAAGUCCAGAGUUUACAGUCAUGUGUCCUCAAACAUGCUUGUGCAUUGUUAUGAUGCUCCAGAUCGAGCCUCUUAAAAGUAUCCUCACGGACAAAUGGGACAGGUUUGCUUCCAAGUUAUUCUGGAUGAAUUUCGUGGUGUAUCUGGUAUACCUGGUCAUCUUCACCACUGUGGCCUGCUACAGAAAGGAAGGGGAGCCACCGUUUCCCAUUGAAAACGUCAAGGUCGACCCUCUCCGCCUCAUUGGCGAGUUCAUCACUGUCUUAGGAGCAGUGUGGUUUCUCUACAAAUCGAUAACUAUUUUUAUAUGGAACCCACCAAGCUUCACGUCUCUGUACACUGAUGGAGUCUUUGACAUUCUGUUUUUCCUGCAGGCAACACUUCUCCUGAUUUGCACAAUCUUAUACGUCACUGGACGGAGAGAAUAUGUUGGACUCCUCGUGUUGUCUCUGGCCCUUGCCUGGAUCAACGUCCUUUACUAUUCGAGAGGCUCUAAACAUAUGGGGAUAUACGCUGUCAUGAUGCAAAGAAUGAUCCUGAGUGACCUGUUGACCUUUUUAUGUGUCUAUUCGGUCUUGCUUGUUGGAUUCUCAGCAGCUCUGGUUUCUCUGAUGGACGACUCCGCUGCAGCUCAAGAUCAAACACCAAACAAUGACUCACUGCCACAGGGAAGGAGCUUUGAUGUCGAGCCAUUCGUAUGCGAGAAGCCGACUUACGAUGACCUCCGUUUCACAGUACUGGAGCUCUUCAAGUUCACGAUUGGAAUGGGAAAUCUGGAGUUCACCGACCAUGUGCAGUAUAAGGAGGUUUUCUACAUCCUGCUCAUCACGUACAUCGUUCUCACUUACAUCCUGCUCCUCAACAUGCUCAUCGCCCUGAUGGGCAACACAGUCGAAAGACUCUCCAAAGAAAAUAUAAACAUCUGGAACCUGCAGAGAGCUUCUACAAUUUUGGACAUAGAGAGAGGACUGUCCAGGUUUGUGGAGAGUUGGCUGUUUUCCAGUGAGCGUUUUAAGACGUUGUGUCUGAAAGAUGAAAAGGGCAAGAGUCGCACAUUUUUCAGGGUGCAGGAGACGAACUGGCAAAAAUGGAGGUCAGGGCUGACUGUGAUCCAAGCUGAAGACCCAGUGAAUCUCAGGAUGCGGCUGCCGCCUCGCUCCCGCUCGUCAGCGAGACUGUGGGAGAGGAAUGCAAUCUUGGAGAGGAUUCGUGCCAGAUAUCAACAAAGACAUAGUUCCAUCUUUCCUUGAUUUUACAUAUCAAAUAAUAGUAGUACACUUGUAAUAAUAAUAUUAAGCAUUUAGAUUCAAGUUUCUUGAAACUUUAAAUGUGAAUGAGUGAUACUGUGAACCAACACAGUCUGAUGAUGCUGACAGCAGAAGAGCACUCACACAUCUGUGUGCUGGACAAAAGAAGUGAUGCAAGGGUCACCAGAGGUCACUGUUCCACUGAUGCAGCGUGCGAUGUCUUCUCACCACCAUGCUGUGGAGAAACAGCAGAGGGAAUAAAGGACUUCUUGUUAAUGUUUUUACGGGCCAGUGGGACUUCAUAGCGUCGGAAUGAAGUAACUGUAACUGAAAGGAGUGAUGAGAUGGGUCCUCUGUGAUCAGGGUGGCUUUCCUGACCACAGAGCGCUGAUAUAGUUCAGAGAGUGGUGUUUGUGGUGAACCUGUUUUUUUUUUUUUGCCCUGAUUAACUAUGUGGGAGAGUUUUGUUUUAUUUUUGGUGGAGAGGGAGCUGUACCAGGAUGUAAUGUUAAAAGGGAGGAUGGAUUCAAUGAGUGAAGUGUAAACCAGAGUUAAAAUGUGUGCACUGACAUUAAAAGUCCUCCGUUUCCUCAGCA